CCGAGUUGCCUGAAGGGGGGAAUGGCAUUGCCUGCGUGUGCAGCCGGGGCGCCCGCCCGCACCACCUGUCCCCGCCGGCAUUCCAGACUCGAAGCCGAAUUGGCAGCCAGCCGGCCGGGAGCCGCCGCCGCCUCAGUCCGCGCGGGCCCUCCUAGGGGUGUGUCUGGCGGAACCCCCUCGCCGCCGCUCCUGGACGAGCCCCUGAAGGCGUCUUCCUCCCUGGCGGGAGCUGCGCUGGUUUCUCUCUCCGCGCUGGUGCCCCGAAGCCGCCGCAGGCGGAUGCACGACCUCCGGAGACGCUGGGACCUGGGCUCCCUCUGCCGGGCCCUGCUCACCCGGGGCCUGGCCGCCCUGGGCCACUCGCUCAAGCACGUGCUCGGUGCGAUCUUCUCCAAGAUCUUCGGACCCCUGGCCAGCGUCGGGAACAUGGAUGAGAAAUCCAACAAGCUGCUGCUGGCGUUGGUGAUGCUCUUCCUCUUUGCGGUGAUCGUGCUCCAGUACGUGUGCCCCGGCACAGAAUGCCAGCUCCUCCGCCUGCAGGCUUUCAGCUCCCCGCUGCCGGACCCGUACCGCUCGGAGGAUGAGAGCUCGGCCCGCUUCGUUCCCCGUUAUAAUUUCAGCCGCGGCGAUCUCCUGCGCCAGGUCGACUUUGACAUUAAGGGCGAUGACCUGAUCGUGUUUCUGCACAUCCAGAAGACGGGGGGUACCACUUUCGGCCGCCACCUGGUACGCAACAUCCAGCUGGAGCAGCCGUGCGAGUGUCGCGUGGGCCAGAAGAAAUGCACUUGUCACCGACCGGGGAAGCGAGAGACCUGGCUCUUCUCCAGGUUCUCCACGGGCUGGAGCUGCGGGCUGCACGCCGACUGGACCGAACUCACCAGCUGCGUGCCCUCCGUGGUGGACGGCAAGCGCGACGCCCGGCUCAGACCGUCCAGGUGGAGGAUUUUUCAGAUUCUAGAAGCAGCAAGUAAGGAUAGAAGGGACUCUCCAAACACUAAUCCAGGUGCCAACUCUCCAUCAUCCACAAAGACCCGGAACACACCUAAGAAUGGGAAGAAUUUCCACUACAUCACCAUCCUCCGUGAUCCUGUGUCCCGUUACUUGAGUGAGUGGCGGCAUGUCCAGAGAGGAGCGACCUGGAAAGCAUCCCUGCAUGUCUGUGAUGGAAGACCACCAACAUCUGAAGAGCUGCCCAGCUGCUACACCGGAGAUGACUGGUCUGGCUGCCCCCUGAAAGAGUUCAUGGACUGUCCCUAUAAUCUAGCCAACAAUCGCCAAGUGCGCAUGCUGUCUGACCUGACCUUAGUAGGCUGCUACAAUCUCUCUGUCAUGCCUGAAAAGCAAAGAAACAAGGUCCUCCUGGAAAGUGCUAAAUCGAAUCUAAAGCACAUGGCAUUCUUUGGCCUCACUGAGUUUCAGCGGAAGACUCAGUAUCUGUUUGAGAAAACCUUCAACAUGAACUUUAUCUCCCCAUUUACUCAAUAUAAUACAACUAGGGCCUCUAGCGUAGAGAUCAGUGAGGAAAUCCAAAAGCGUAUUGAGGGACUGAAUUUCCUGGAUAUGGAGCUGUAUAGCUAUGCCAAGGAUCUCUUUCUGCAAAGGUAUCAGUUUAUGAGGCAGAAGGAGCAUCAGGAAGCUAGGCGGAAGCGUCAGGAGCAACGCAAAUUUCUGAAGGGGAGGUUCCUUCAGACCCACUUUCCCGGCCUGAGGCAGGGCCAGAGCCCGAAUCCAAGUCAGAAUCAAAGUCAGAAGCCCAAUCCGAACGCUAAUCCAAAUGGGACACACAAUCUGUUUCAGAAUCUGAUUCAGAAUCUAACUCAGAGUUUGAGUCAGAAUUCUAGCCAGAAGGCGAACCAGGAAAGACAGAAAGAGAACCCAGGCCAAGAGCCGAGUGACCCCAGCAAUGGCACCCAUGACUACAUAGGCAGUGUAGAGAACUGGCGUUAAAUAGAUCCCCAGGUCUCUCACACCGUUCUCCCCAAAGCGCCGGUAAGAAUAUGGCAAAUCUUAAAAGAUGUGUGUCCAAAUGCUUCAUACUUCCCUCAAGUCUGGAAGUUCAAAAACCAAGUUAAGAUAUUGCCUUUACAGUUGCCUUUCAAUUUUAGUGUUAUACUGUGCGUGGGUAAAACAAAUUUCAAUAUAUAAUGAAAUUGUCUUUUAGUUUUGGGUUUGUUGGACUAUUUAUAAAAUCCAAAAGCCAAACCAGACUCACCAGAUAUUGCUGUUUAGAUAGUUUAAGAAGUCCUGAAAAAAAUUAGUCAUAGAGACCAAAUGAAAUCAUAAAAUGUGACCAUCUAACUUAACUAAGAAAUGGACUUUAAAUUAUUCAUGAGACACAGUUAAAACCCAGACUUUGAAGCAAACAAUUUUUCCAGGGGUAAGCUUGAGUCUAAAUAUAAAAAAGCUAAAAGUAAACAUGAAAACUUUUAUUUUCUUUGAUUUUAAAACAGAAAUCUAUCUAAAGGGAAGAACAGUUGAUGGUACAUAUUUUCCCUAUGGUAGAAAUUAAAAGUUUUCUCUUCCCAACAUAGAUAGUUGUAUGUAAAAAUAUUGGCUUUUCAAGUAAAACAGAACCCAAAUCUUGUUAUUUAAGAGAUGCUUACAAUUUUGAACUUUUUUCUACCUUCUACAGUUUAAAGGUUUGAAACAGGGUGUAGCUCAUGUUAAACAAUACACUUUUUUCCAAAUAAGAAACCAAUGUGAAGAUCCAAUUUACAGACUCUUUCUGGGCACUGUAAUUUCAACAAUUUUGGAAUCUUUUGGCGCUGCUUUUCUUCACUUUAUGGCUUCUCUGAGUUGUGCUCAUUCCAAACUAACCCAUUUAUAGAAUCUUUCUUCAUCAUCUAAAUGGUGUGUUCUUGAAAUUAUUGUGAUAUAUAAUCCUGGAUGCAAGUCAGGACUUUCUAUAGAAUUGUCUUAUCAAUGUUUGUGUAGUGAGGUCAUGAUCAAGAAGCUGUUGAACAGAAUAAUGUGUCUAAAAUAUUGCUAAAGUAUUCUUGGUCCGAUAGAAUUGAAUCUGAAUGUGAACUCUUAUUUACUUUUUGUAUAUUUUUAUCAUAAUGAUUCUAGUUAGGCCGGCUAUAUCUAGCCCAUUUGUUCUGUUGACAGAUUGUAGAAAAUUGCAAGAGAAAAAUGGUAGAGGAGUAAUUAGAAUAGCCAUAGUUAUUCAGAAACACCAAAAACUGUACCUCAAUACUUUGGGUUAACUCUCUACAGGUUUUGUUUUAAGAAAGAACAAGAGAGUGUUCUGCAGUGAGACAAAACAUCUGGAGCCUAUGUGUUUAAGAAAGUGAUUUAGGAGAGUAAGACUUUUAGGAUAUCGGUUAGUUAUGAAAUGAGCAGGGUAUAAAAAGGAAGUAUGUAAACCACUGUACUAUCAAGUGUCAUGAUUCUGAGUGGUUUCCACUUUGUGGGUUUUGCUAUAAAUUUUUACGGACUUACACUAAUCUCCCCUGACUAUCUUUCAAAAAACUUGACUGGAAAUAGCAUUUAUGUGUUCAGAGAUGACAUGCUUAGAAGUGUGAUGAGAAAGUCACAUCUUAUACAGUUUACUCAUUUGCAUGAUCUAGCUCCAUCUGUAAUAAUAUGCCCACAAACUGGACGUGAAUCUGAGUAGUGAGUUAUAAAAAAUCACUUUUCUUGACUCUGUGCCUGUAUCAGUUUAUCUAAAUUCUGUUUUGUCUGAUAGUGAUGCAGUCCUGGGAAUAAGAAGAGAACAAAAGUGAAGCCAAAAUAAAAUCAAACACACCUUGAAAAUGAAGUAUUUUAGAGUGAGACUAUUUUGUGUACAUUGUGUUUUUAAAAUAAAUAUUCUGUAGUUCACUGUGGUAUUUCAGUUUUGUUUAGUUUGAAUUGAUAAUGUUUGCUCUUAAAACUGAUAGGUACUGUUGGAAAGCAGGACAAAACCUGAACCAGUGGAAAAGUUUUUCCCAGAAAAGCAUUUUGUAUUAUUGCUGUGGUGUGCAUGGUUUGCAGAGAUUAAGUGCAUUUUCUCUGUCAAUACUGAUUACUGUAUAUAGGGGAUGUUAUAAAUAUGCAUUUUGUCAUCAACAUGUGAAUCCCAUGAUUUCAACUGUAAACAUCUGUUCAAUGGUGUAGCUUUACAAACCAUUCACUGAUUUUGUGUAAUUUAAUGAUAGCUAUGAAAUAAAGUUUAAAUUACA